AUGGACACCUCACAUGAAAGACUGUUUCGUUUGCCCUUCAAGUUGCCAACUUCGGUAUCGGCCAAAAAGGUGUGCGUUUAUGUAGCUGGUGCCUUAUACGGUGCGGGUCUCUGGUCCUUCUUAGAUUGUGUGUUGUACUCCAAGCAUGCAAAUGGUUCAGAUUUGCACAUUUCAUUUAUUGACUGGGUGCCAAUGCUAUGCAGUGUGCUUGGGAUGGCAAUUGUGAGUUCUAUCGAAAAAAAUAGAUUGCUACAAGACGCUUUAUCCUCAGGAACGUUCACCGGAUCUCAAUCUACUGCAUGGCAGGCCAGAGUAGUACUUUUCCUAGGAUUUUCACUGUUAGCAAGCGGCAUUUCCGGUUCUUUGGUCGUUUUGAUUGUUAAGUUUUUAUUGAAGGAUUAUACCUCCUAUCCAACCUUAGGAAUGGGAAUUAACAAUGUGCUUGCAAACCUGGCUAUUCUUCUAAGUUGCACCAUGUUAUGGAUUGGACAAAAUGUGGAGGAUGAAUAUAACUAUUCAUUGACUCUAUGA